UCGUUCAUCCUUUUCCACAGGACUCACAACACAAUCAUAGAGGGAGCACAGAAGAAGAUCAAGAAGAAAGAAAGAAAAAAAAAACAAAAGAAUUACAUAGAAACAAUGGCCAGCAACGGAGAGCAGAACCAAACUUCUGAAGCUGGAAGGCACCAAGAAGUUGGUCACAAGAGCCUUCUCCAGAGUGAUGCUCUAUACCAGUACAUUCUGGAAACCAGCGUGUACCCAAGAGAACAUGAAGCCAUGAAAGAAUUGAGAGAAUUGACAGCAAAGCACCCAUGGAACCUCAUGACAACCUCUGCAGAUGAAGGACAGUUUUUGAACAUGCUCCUUAAGCUCAUCAAUGCCAAGAACACCAUGGAAAUCGGUGUCUACACCGGUUACUCGCUUCUUGCCACUGCCCUUGCUCUUCCUGAAGAUGGAAAGAUCUUGGCCAUGGAUAUUAACAAGGAGAACUACGAAUUGGGUCUGCCAGUAAUUAAAAAAGCCGGCGUUGACCACAAAAUUACCUUCAAAGAAGGACCAGCUCUCCCUGUUCUCGACGAAUUGGUUAAAGAUGAGAAGAACCAUGGAAGCUACGACUUCAUUUUCGUGGACGCAGACAAGGACAACUACCUGAACUACCAUAAGAGGCUCAUCGAUUUGGUGAAGGUAGGUGGUGUGAUCGGCUACGAUAACACCCUAUGGAAUGGGUCCGUGGUCGCACCUGCCGAUGCACCCAUGAGGAAGUACGUUAGGUACUACAGAGAUUUUGUGUUGGAGCUUAACAAGGCCUUGGCUGUGGACCCCAGAAUUGAGAUCUGCAUGCUCCCGGUUGGUGAUGGAAUCACUCUCUGCCGUCGGAUCAGCUGAUUCACCUACUCCAACAACCAUUGACCACCGUUCAUUUCUUCAACACAUGAAUUCCUUGUCUUGGGAGCGAAGAAAUCCUAAACCGUUUUAUAAACAAUCAACCAAGCGAUCCCAUUCCCUUCUUUUUUUUUCUAAAGAUAUUUUCUAUUUGUAAUUGUAAUUUUCUUCUUAUUAUUGUUGAUCUGAAAACGGUGGAUGAGUAAAGAGUUUUAUAUACUUGUGCCUUUUCUUUCA